UCUGCCUGGUCAACACUAUAUAAAAUUAUAGUAGUAGUAGAACAGUAGCUUGCUCCAUCGAUCUUAUUGUUGCUUUUUUUUACACUUUUUAACUUUACCAGUGCUUCGCGAAUUAACUGUUGCACUAUAUUGUCGUGAUAUCUAAUUGUAAAUAAAAUUGCGCUUUGUACAUAAAUAAUCGUUUUCCAAAAAGUAACCUCGGAUAAAUAUACGUAUAGCGCAUAUGUGAUAGUGUGUGCUUGUCCAAUGAGUUCUUGUAUCGAUGAAUGUAUAAUUAUAAUUAAGGAACGAUAAAAGCGACGUUGCGUAUGUAAUCUAGACAUUUUUUGAUUCACUUUGUAUGCAUGACACCUAGUACUUUGGUAGAAUACAGACAAUGCAUCUACAAUCAUCAGCAGCUUCAAGACAGCUUCCAGUCUUUGUAUUUCCACAUAGUAUCACCUUUUAUCUUGAUGACCAAUCUACUCACAAGCAAAUAUUAACUUUAUAUAAUCCCUAUGAUUUUCCUGUGAAAUUCAGAGUACUUUCCACUGCAACUGAGAAAUAUGUAGUGUUUGAUUCUGUAGGAACAAUAAGAUCGAAAUAUUGUAUUGACAUUGUUAUACGACAUACAGCUUUGACACCCAUGAAUUGCACAGUUGAUAAAUUUGAAAUAAAGAUGUAUGAGUAUCCCACAAACAAGCUCAUUGGGAUAAGACAAGUGAAAGCUAGAGUUAUGAGUGGUGUUCCAGAGCCUUUGGAAAGAGUGAAUUCUGAGGCAGAUAUAUUUCAACAACUUCCAAAUACUGGAAAGAACCAAAAGUCUUAUUCUCUAGUGCCAAAUAAGACUGUACAACAAGAAACAAACUAUGUUGCUGUACUUGUUGGAGUAAUAUGUAUAAUAGGAUUACUAUUACCUUCAGAAGGAGAACCCAGUAAUCGAAUACCAGAUUAUCUUCACUUAUCAAUAAACAUUAGGCUCAUUUUGUCUUUCGUAUUAGGUAUGGUGACUAUCAUUUGUUUGAGGCUUUAGAACUUUGAAGAUAACAUGUAAAAUAUGACGUGUGAAUGCUAAUUACGAGAUCUUUAACACUGUAAUUUCUUACUCGUGUUAUAGAUAUACGCACAAUUUGGUGAAAUAAUUAAGUGUUUUUCUAUGUUUUUAAGAAAUUGUUGAUUUCAUCAUGAUAAAUAUAACAAAGAUGUAUAUUUAUUAAUACUUAUUAUGCAGAAUUAAUUAUAGAUUGUACAAAUUUAUCGUGAAAAUAAUUUUGUAAUGAAUCCAGCAGAAUUGCACAAAGUUUUCUUUUCGAUGGCUACAAAUUUCAAACUCAUGUCGUUCUUCAUUAUAGAAACUAGUCCAUAAGUUUUGGCCUAUCGAAAUAAGAAUAAGCAAUAUUUUUGUACAUGCCUGCGAGUUGAAAUUUGGCAUUUUUUACCUCUCUUGUAAACAUGUAAAUGUUCUAUUUUUAUUGAGAUAUGUAAUUUACUGAAUGCAUUAAUAAGAUAUUUAAUAUGAGUUUGAUACAAGGAUUGUACAAAUAUUAG